AUGCAGAACCAGAAUAUUUACCAUCCAUACACCCAGCCAGGCUGGUUGAAACGAAUUGUGCAGCUUGGCGUGCCAGACGCCAGCAGACGUGCCAAGAACAGGUGGAUCCCACAGGAAUCCGAGCGCUACGACCAAGACGCGAAGAGUCCAGACCUUCCCCCCGUCGAACCAAAAGGACAUUAUUCACCAUUGUUUCCCUGUCACGGCAAGUCUUCACGAGCGAAGACGUACUGUAGCAGGUAUGGUAGCCAAUGUUAA